CGCCGAUCGUCGUUUAUAGUGUUUGUGAAGGGGAAUACCACCCCCACACUAAAUAAAUAAUUAGUUAACAAUCGCGCAUAUUCGCUGUAUUUUUCUUUUUUUUCUUUUAGUCUGCGGACAAAAAAUAUGCGGACAGUUUUUUUGGUAAAUAAAAGUACACGAACAGAAAAAAAGAAAUUGAAAAGAGGCUCCUCCAUUUUAUUUUUAAUUUUGUCCGCAAUAAAAAAUCCGCAAAAAAUUUAUCCGCAAUUUUUUAUUUAUUCUCCCCUUCUCGCAACAAAGAUUAAUGUUUAAAGAAAAACACGGGGGUAAUUCCACACCUUUUUUUCUCAUGUUAAAACUCCGCCUUUUUUUCUCACAUAAUUAUUUUUAUAAAAGGAGCCAAGCAAUUUUUAUUUAAAAAUUAAAGUUCCUUCAUAAAUCUUCCCCUUCUACAAAAAAAAGUCUAAAAUGAUUAGCAUUAUUCACCCACCCACAGAAAUUCCAGAAUUUGUUUCAGUAAACGGAAGACGAAAUUUUAGACUGUCAGCAAUAUCUAAUACCGUAACAAUUGAUAAUAAUGGAGUAACGACGGCAAAAAAUAAUUUAAAAAAUAAAUAUUCAAAGACUUUUAAAACUACAAAAUAA